AUGAAUGCGAAAGUGUAUCUUCAAUCAUAUGGUUGGAAUGAAGGAGAAGCAUUACAAAAAGGUGGAUUAAAAAAACCAAUAUUGGUCAAACAUAAAAAAGAUACAAAGGGUUUAGGACAUGAUACAAAUAAUGCAGAUAUGUGGUGGGAGAAACUAUUUGAUGGGCAAUUAAAAAACUUGCAAGUUGAAAAUGACACGAAAAAUGGAGAAGUAUCGUUCAAACUGGAUAAUGAAUCAGCUUUGAAAAACUUGAAAAAAGAUUUAUCUCCAUUAUAUAGGAUGUUUGUCAAGGGAGAAGGAUUACAAGGUACUGUGGGAAAAACCGAGCACGUUAAGGAAGCUCAUGUGGAUAAUUUGACUGAAAAAGCAGCCGAAGAGAUAGAUAAAUUAACACACAUUUUAAAGUCAACCAAUGGAAAGAGACAGAAGAAGAACAAAAGUAAGGAUAAAGUCACCAAAGAUUCAGCGAGUAAACAUAAGAAGGAAAAGAAGAGGGCAGAAAAGACAAGCAAGGAAGUGAAAGACAAGAAAUGUAAUGUAAAUAAAAAAAAGAAAGACAAGAAAAAGGAUGAAAAAGUUAAAAGUAAAAUGAAAGAUACAGUUUACAAAGCAAAAGAAGAUUUGGCUUCAGAUGAUAGUCGCAAAGAUAUGAGAAAAAGCAAAGAUUCCAAAGAGGAGAGGAAUAAGUUGAAAGAAGAUCAAAAAAUACUACGAAAACGUAAAAGAGAGAGCAGAGAAUCAGAUAAAGACAAAAAACUAAAGAAAAAGAAAAGAUCAGCAUAA